AUGGAAACACUGACAAUUACGAAUGGCGAUAUCUAUACCCCAACACAUUACGGACAGGGGAACAUCGUCAUUCAAGACGACACAAUUUCAGAGAUAACGACAGGGACGCUUCAACCAUCGGGAAAGGUCAUCGACGCAUCAGGAUGUCUUGUUAUUCCAGGGCUGAUCGAUGGAUUAGUGCAUGGUGGUGGCGGUUAUGAUACAAUGACAGGCGAGGUCGAAGACAUAGCCGCAAUCGCACGCGCACAUGCACGCAGUGGUGUCACCUCGUUGGUGUUAGGCAUCUCCUCCGGCAGCAUGGAACAGAUCAACAGUGCCUUAACUGCUAUUGCCCACGUCGUUGACGAGCCAGUAGCGGACGGUUCACAGAUUAUUGGUUCGUAUGUUGAAGGGAAAUUCGGGAGUCUCGCCAAAAACGGCGCACAGAACGCGAAGUAUAUUACACCGCCAAACUUUGAAGAAUUUCAUGCAAUGUGGGCAGCCUCCGACGGCACAUUGAAAGUAAUUUCUGUCGCACCCGAAAACGAUGAAAAUUUCCAAUUUAUCAAGCACCUCGCAGCCUAUAAGACAGACGCAUACAACGACAUCGUCAUCGCAAUGGGACACACAAAUGCUACAUAUCAACAAGCGAUGGCAGCAAUCGAAGCUGGUGUAACACGUGCCACACAUACCUACAACGGUAUGAGCGGAAUGCAUCAUCGAACACUCGGUGCCAUUGAGGCGGUACUCUCCCACCCAAAUAUCCACGCAGAACUCAUCAUUGACGAACACCAUGUCCACCCUUUUUGGGGAAAUAACCUGAUUCAGCAAAAAGGAAUUCAGGCAGUCGGGUUGAUUACGGACUGUACAGAACUUGCGGGUGUUCCUGCCGAAGACUGGCAAGAAUCGGCAACAUACAUUCCGCAGCUUGAUGCAUAUCGCCUCAACGAAGGUGCAAUUUCUGAAAAUGAUACCGCUUUUGAAGCUGGAAGCACCGAGAAGUAUGUCCGUAAUGGCGCGAUGUGGCUUGAUGUCGGCAAACCGACCGAACGCCUUGCAGGUGCGACAAUCACCCUCAUGGAUGGUAUCCGCAAUGUCAUCAAUUGGGGAAAUUCUCUGGAAGAUGCAUUAACAAUGGCAACAUCAACACCGGCGCAAAAUUUAGGCAUCGCGGAGUCCGUGGGUUCAAUUGCAGCCGGCAAACAAGCAGAUAUCGUUAUUGUCGCUGAAAAUUUAAGCGUUCAGACAGUUUUUUUACGGGGAAAAAUUGCUAAAAAACUAAGAAAUUCGUAG